UCCGCUCGUCCCGUGUAUUUACGUUCGUUGACGGUCAUUGAUUGAGAGCUCGCGUUCGCCGCGUUCGCCUGAUACGCCAUUACUUGGACUGAACGCAAAACGACAAUUAUAUCUUGUAACUAAACGGAUAGUCGUUGCCGGAUAGCCACAUUUUCAAAGUAAUCGUCGUUCGGUGUGGUCGCCAAUUUUCCGAAAAUGGUUAAAGCCGUGUGCGUUCUUCAAGGUGAUGCUAAAGGCACUGUAUUCUUCGAACAGGAUGGAUCUGCGGUCAAGGUCAGCGGUCAAGUGUCCGGCUUAAAAAAGGGAUUACAUGGUUUUCACAUUCAUGAAUUCGGUGAUAACACUAAUGGUUGCACAAGUGCUGGACCACAUUUCAAUCCACUUAAUAAGGAUCAUGGUGGUCCAGACUCAGAUGUACGUCACGUUGGUGACUUAGGAAACAUUGAAGCAAAUACAGAUGGUGUUGCUAAUGUUGCCAUAACUGACAAGAUGAUUCAGCUUCAAGGAGCAAACAGCAUAAUUGGCAGAACUCUCGUGGUUCACGCUGAUCCGGACGACCUUGGCAAAGGAGGCCAUGAGUUGUCAAAAACCACAGGGAACGCAGGUGCUCGUCUUGCUUGCGGGGUUGUUGGAAUUACAAAAGCCUAAACAUCUAUAUUCUGAAACAGUACUAAAAAUAAUGAACAAAUUAUUAUUAGAAAAUAUACGAUGUUACAACUGUUACAGUUUGAAUCUGAGUCCGAGUAUCAUUCCUGAUUUCUUGCAAUAUGAGAAUCUUUUACACUAUGUAAUCUCUGGUAAUUCUGAUGCUUCAAUAAAGUAAAUACGUUCAUGCAUUUGUAAAAUAA